GUUUAAACAGCCGCCAUGUUUCCUGUCCACGGGUCGGUGGGUUGGGGGGCGGGGUUAUCAGCUGAUUGACAGCUGCUCGUUUUAUUAGUUCGUAGAUCGACGUGGAACGAUGCCCUGACGACAUGCUGUCAGGACGUUUUUUGUAUGUUGUUCGCAGGGUUAGGUUUGAAAAAAAAGAAAGAGACACUGUUCCUAAAAUCCCACAGAGGCCGUUUCUUGCUGCCUUUUGUUAGAAAUCUUGCCGCGGUCUUGUGAGACUGCGCAACAGGAUUAGUCCAUGUGUGAUGAGAUCCAAAAAGGAGGAGGGGAGGCUGCCAGAAAAGACCUGGACUAAAUAAAAACCACGUGAAAGAUGUGAAACUGGACAUAAAAUCUUGUGGAAAUGCAGCAGAGCUUGAAAAAAAAACAACGAUGAGAAAUCAGUUUUUCGAAACUGAAAUAACUCUAAAUAUAUCGAUAUCAGCAGCUGUAGCCUGUGACCAAUAGCCUCACACUUUAACCACGGUGACAAAUAAAAGACAAGUCCUUUUUUAGCUACACUAUCGGACACAUCAGCCGAUCAGAGUCAGUGAUCACAUGACCAGAAACAGGAGAACACACACAUACGGUCAGACAUCAUUAAACAGAAACAUUUUCACAUUUCAGAGCAUCAGAUUCUGAGCUUCCUGCUUGUUCAUGUUUCUUUUUAAUGUCCAUGUUUUGCUGUUUGUGUCUUUAACGUUUCUUCUUUGUCUCUCUCUCCGCGGGUCUCUGAUGAGCUCGGGUUAACUGGGUUAUAAUGUUCAGAGGCAGAUCGCGCACAGUUGUGUGCAGUGAGGUGGACAGGUGACGGAGCGGCUGGUUAAACUCGCCCUGCAGCUUGCUGCUGAUGCACUCGUCAUGCUUGCUGCUGUGAAUUGCAGCGUCUGCCGUCCACUUUCAGGCUGCCCAGAGUUUCAGGCUUGUCUCUAUUCGCCAGACGUGUUUUUUACACACGGAGCUUCGGCUCAUUUGAGUCUGAGACGGGUUCAAACGUGACGGAUGAAACGGGUCCCGUCAGUUUCAGAGUUAGUUUAUUUUAUUAGUUUUGUAUUAAUCCCGGUACAUCAUCAUGUGUGUGGUUUAUGUCCACAAACAUGGCGGCAUUGCUGAACGCUGUCAUUUUAUCCGUAGUUUUCUCUCCAGUGUCACAUUAGAGGAACAUUUGUGCAAAUGUGUCGGCGAAACUCUGAGCGGCCUCGCAGCGAAGCAACUGAGCUAACGCGUUAGCAUGCCAGCUAGCAUCAGAAACGCCACGUGUCCUAAUGAUGCUAACGGCUUCAUCCAACGCUGAUGAGCAGCUUCGAGGCUCAGCUCACUUCCUGUUUUCGCUGCAGAGUGUGACGCCCCGGUGGACGGCAGACGUCUGAGCAUCCUGCUGCUUUUCGCUCCUGGAGGACUGUUAAAACGACGCUUUUAUUAAUGUCGUCGGUAAAAAAAACACGGACAGAAGGCUGUGUCAGAUGUGACCUGCUGUCCUUGAGCAGCUUAUUCUCUCUUCCUAAUUAACAAUUUGGCUCAGAAAUGAAGUGACUUCCUCUAAGGAGAGCUGCCGCAGGAAUGAACAUGACAUUUAAUUUCAGAGCUGGAGCAGAUUUGUUCAUUUCUUUAAAUCAGUUCAGAGUCGGUAGUGAUCGGUUUCUGACGACAAUUGAUCACAUUGAUCAUCCGAAAUCAGAUGUGCUGCUGCUUUUCCCUCUGGUCUGCGUUAUAGAUCUAAUGAUUGAUGGUCCAGCCCUGACAGACAAAUGUGUCAGCAGAGUUGUGAUUGAUUAUUGAUCAGCUGUGAUGUCGUAAUCAUAAUGACUGUGUUUGUUUGUUGUGCUGUCGAUGACGUCGUCGGAGCUUCGUGGGAGCAGCCCAAAGGAGGCGGAGCAGGAGCCAAUGGGAGCGCAGCCGGGAGUCCGUCGGGUUCGGCUCCGCCAAUCGGAGGCCUGUUCACGGGCGGCGUUCCCAAACUGCGGCCAGUUGGAGACGGCUCCUCUGGACGCUCUCCCUCCACUCGGGGCGCAGCUCCCCGUCCACCCAGCCAUCGCCAUGACGACGCGGAAAGCCCGUCUUCUCAGGCAACGUCGCCGAUGGAAACCUCUCGCUCCCAACGCCCUUCGCUCCCCAACCUGUCCUCCUCUCCCUCCGCCUCCUCCCCCUCCUCGGCCGCCUCCUCCCCCUGCACUGGCAUGAAGCACUCCUCCUCCGCUCCACCUCCUCCUCCGCCCCUCUGUCGCAGAGGCAACGCCCCCUCUCCUCCCUCCUCCUCUUACAACAGAGAGAAGCCCCUGCCCCCGACCCCUAACAACACCCCGCCGCUCCCUUCCAAACCUCCCCCAUCCCCCGGCAACAGCAGACGCCCGCCCACCUCCGGGGGAAACCCCGCCUCCUCUUCCUCCACCUCUCUGGCCCCGCCCCCUCCACCUUACCGCAUCACUAACGGUCCAACAGGUGGCGGCGAAGCAGCACCUGAGCUGCCCACGCGCCACAACUCCCUCAGCAACAAGAGGACCGCCCCCUCGCCAGGAGGCCACACCCCCACCAGAGGUCCAGCCCCUCCGCCCCCCCCAGCUUCACCUACCCCUUCCCAACAAGGUGCCAACAGGCCGCCGCCCCCCGUCAGAGAGGCGCCAGCUAGAGGGACAGCUCCUCCUGUUCCAGUCCAGCCGUCGAGGACCGGCGGUAGAGAAGCCCCGCCUCCUCCUCCUUACAGGACGCAUGGUAGCCCCUCCCUCUCCACUGACCCCCCCACCAGAGGAAAACCUCCCCCUCCUCCAACCCGCACCCCCACUGCUCCACCUCCGCCUCCCCCUCCUCUCCGCAACGGGCACUCCUCCUCCUCCUCCUCCUCCAUCCCUCGCUCGUUUGUUGGUGAGUUGGCCUCGUCCUCCCCCCGUCCAUCCGUCCGUCCGUCCAGUAGAGACGAUUUUGAGUCCAAGUAUUCGUUUCAUCCUCUGGACGACUUCCCUCCUCCAGACGAGUACCGACACUUCACCAAGAUCUACCCCAGCAAGGCCAACCGAGUUUCGGUGAUGAGAGGAGCUCCUCCGCUGCCUCCGGUCGGGAGGUGAACCAGGAGCAACCGCCACACGCCCCAACCGCACAUUCACACGCACACACAUUCCCCGUUUGACGUCUGCAGCUUCGUCAUCCUCGCCUUCUCCAUCGCCGCCUCAUCUAUUCUCACAGCUAACCGGCUGAGGAGAGGUCUGACGGACGGACUGGACCAAUCGGGGGACAGACAGAGAGAGAGACGGGCAUGACGACCUCUGGAGAAGUUUAAAAGGACCGCGCGGUUCAGGUCCCUGAACGCGUCUUCAGAGCAAAUGUGAAGCGAAACGAGGCUCCACCUCUUUCUUUUUUGUCCGUUUUUAAUUUUUGCACCUGCACUUUUAGUUUUUUCGAGAUGGCCGCUCAGAAGCUGUGGAGCCGGACGCGUGAACGAGACGAGUUUGUGACGCGCGGUCGACGUGUACAAGCAACACUAUAAAUAACAGUUCAACACUCAAUGAUCGUCUGUUAGUUUAAGUGAAGAUUUGAAGGUAACCUGACAAACUAAGUGAUCCGUUAAGUCAAUUGCGAAGUUAAUUUGAAAGACGUUUAAUUUACUUCCUUAAAUGUUGAGCUACUCCUUUAAAGAGCUCUGUGUGAACCACGGAGACAAACUGAACUCAGAGACCUGGAUCCGGAUCACAGGGUCUGUAACCUGGACUGAAGGUGGUCAUGUUUGAUGGUGAACGUGUGGAUGAAGGAUGAAGGAUGAAGACACUGUAAAUACUCAUCUGCUUCAUCAUCAUCAUCAUCAUCAUCAUCAUCGUCAUUGAACUCACCUGCUGAAGUCAGUUUGUGAACAGGUCGAGUCUUUAAGUGCCAAGAAGAGAAACUCACCUGAGGACAGCUGACUACUCCUGCUGCAGGUCGGUUCGUACCACGUUGGUGAACUGUGGGGGGGGGGUCACACUAGAAGUCUUCCGCCUGCAGCAGGACUCCUCCUUCCUCUAACUACAAACUCAACUUGUUGCAUGUCUUCUUUGUGUGUGUGUGUGUGUGUAUGGAAGCAGCGUCACAGCGUCUCCUUGGUUUCGCCACACACACAGUGUUAAAUAAUUACCCAUGAUUCCCGGCGCCUGGAAGCUGUUGCAGCAGGAACGUCGGGGGGUCCAAGUUUAAAGUCAGAAGAAUCGGAAGCUAAUGAUCGUUGAUCAGUUCAUGUCAUCGUCUUAACUGAUGAAAGUUUUCUAACGUUGUCUUCGCUGCACGUCUCUGCCUGAAGUCAUGCUGUUGUUUUCAGAGUUGGGUUUUAAUCACGUAACCGAGCACUUUCUUUUCACUUUUAUUCAUGUUUUGCUGUCGACAGUGAUUCCAGCUCAAACGGCCUCGUCCGUGUUGUUCGUUUAUUGUCGGGGCUUUUCUUCUUCUCUGGAUUCAGCCACAGUGCGACUUCAUCCUGCGUUUAAUUUGCUGCCAGGCUCCAUUUAAAAAAAUCUCCUCAUUUUACUCUCAUUACAGCUCAGGAGCAGCUGUGGCUCUUUGAGUUGCACAUGUGCAGUUGGUGCAUUUUUAACUCCAACAGGAAACCCCUCCACAUCCUCCUCCUCCUUUUCCUCCCCCGUCUUCCUCCCCCCGUCUGUUUUGCCUUACAAACUGUAAAUCUCUUCAGUUAGAAUCUGUAGACGUUCCCGUUAACAGCUGAUCUAAUGUGACUUACUGCUGCGGGACGGACUGUCACGCUGAUGGUGUCGAACUGUCCUGCAGCCGUGGGAUGGACGCUCUUUCCGUCCCACUUUAACAGCAUGCUCUCUCUCUGUUACUCUAACUGCAGCUGUCUGAAAUAAACUUAUCAGUUACAGACUCUC